UAAUUCAUCAACUUGAGUUCAUUAGCAAUCGCUUGGCAUAAAUCUGCGCUUUUCAUUGAUUGAGAAUCACUUUGAAGCAGUCUGAAGCGCUGUUGCGCGCGCUUGUAGAACGCGCAACAGCGCCCUCUUGUGACUUUGAAAAAUGCAGCGCCCGUGGGAAUGUCAGCGGGAGUAAACCAAACAGUUCUGACGCACACAUAACGAGAAGGUUCGGGUCACAUUUAAAAUCAGUGAAACAUCCUGCUGAUCCACAUCAGAUCAGGUGCAAGAGCAGCAGCAGAAGCAGUCAGAGAAAACAUUCUGGUUUUAUCAGACUUCCUCAUCAUGAGAUUAUCACUGGUUUCACAGCUUCUGCUGGUGUUCAUAUCAGUCCUGUCACUGACCAGGGCAACACCUUCGCCAACAACAUCUGCAUCGACAACUUCUGCACCGACAACAACGCUUGCACCAACAACAACAUCUGCACCGACAACAACAUCUGCACCGACAACAACAUCUGCACCGACAACACCUUCCAUUAAUAUAACAACAAUGCCAUUAACAACAUCUGGAUCAACAACAUUUGAAGACCCCUGCUAUAACUACACUGUGCUGGAUGAUUCCUGGAGAGCCACCAACAAUCAAUUACAAUUAUCAUAUUACAAUCAACUUAUCUCUAAAGUAAUGUGUGACACUAAUGUCAUCUGGAAAGGCUGGUACCGUCUCUUCAUUCAGGGUCAGAGCGUUCAGAUGCCAGACACAUGUGUUGAAAAGCUAAGCUGUGGCACUCAUGCCCCACUGUGGCUGAACGGUCAACACCCACGAAUCGAGGAUGGAGUGGUCACCCGAGGUGUCUGCGGUCACUGGAUGAGUGACUGCUGCUUUUUCCAAUCCUAUCCCAUUAAGGUGAAAGCCUGCCCAGGCAAUUACUACGUCUAUGAGUUUGUUCGCCCAGUUAAUUGCUAUUUGACAUACUGUGCAGAUGUUAGGAAUAUUAGCAUCAGUAAUGCUACUGUCACUCCAAACACAACCGUGGCAGCAGAAAUAUUCUACCCAUUCAACUCAGCAGCGGGAGACACAAUAAAUCCUGUUGCUGAUGAUGGAAGCUCCUCAGUUGUUCAGCUGUUGAGUCCAUUUCUGUUCUUUGGCCGCACAUACCAGCAGAUUUAUGUGAAUAAUAACGGACACCUCACAUUCAACCAGUCUUCAUCACAGUAUGUUCCCUACUCCUUUCCUUAUGGAGGCCAUGAUAUAAUUGCUGGUCUCUGGACCGACCUUGACAACCGUGCGAGAGGAGUGGUUUCAUAUCAUCAGUACACUAAUGGAAGUGUUCUCACACGCGCCACUCUGGAUAUAAACAAUCAUUUCCCAAAUCUGACCUUCAACGCUUCCUGGGUCUUUGUUGCAACGUGGGAUAAAGUCCCUUACUAUGCCUUGACAAACACAGAAACAUCGUUUCAAGUGGUUUUAAUUUCAGGCAGUAGUUUUUCAUUCAUUCUGAUGAAUUAUGGUGACAUUGCUGUAACGGGACAUCCAGUGGAGGCUGGUUAUGACACAGAAAACUCCACUGACUACUUUAUGAUUCCUGGAUCAGUCAACGGGAGCUCCAUCUCAAACCUCAAGAACUCCAGUAAUGUCAAUGUUCCCGGCCGAUGGGCCUUCAGGGUGGACGGUGGACCAAAGUCAAGUCAAGACGUCAUUGGACUUCAAGUGAAACUUUCCUCAUUUUCAGACCUAACACAGAGUGGAAACAUUCAGAUUGUUUUACAGCAAAUUAAACAGGAGCUGGUCAAGUUUGGUCUGCCAAGCAGCAUAGAGCUGAAGUUAAGAAAAAUGCAAAAGACAAAGCCAUAAAUUCAGAUCCUUUAGGAAAAGAAACAAAACAAUCUGGUUCACUUAGUGUCUGACAACAAAUAUCCCAUUGAUAAUGUGCAGACUGUAAAGACCCCAGUUUUACAUUAGUGUGGUUUCAUUUGACGCUUCAGAAGGGUUAUAAAACACCAUAAAAGUGGUUACAUUAGCUUUGUGUGAUGAACAGACUGAAGUUCUGGAUAGUCUUGGAUAACAGCUUCAAUUUCAGUCUAUUCCUGACUGAAGAUUUAAAAUAUAAUGCACGAUUUAUGACACUUUUUUGGUGUUUUUGCAUUCUUGAAUGCCUCAAUCCUCAUUUGUACUUUUUUCUUAUUCAAUACAUUUAAUGUGUCUUUAUAUUCCAUGUUUUUAAGUGAACUAUUUCUUCUGCUGUCAGGUUAAGAGCUACAUUUUACGGAAGAGGAUUAGGGCCAAGCAAUAAUAAAAAAAUAAAACCAUCUCGAGAUUAAAGUUGUUAAAUUUCAAGAAAAAA